GUUAGUUAUGUGAAAAUAAAAAAAAAAACAAGGUGGAUAGGAGGAGGAUAUGACCUCGCUGGCUUAAUCAUCACACUUCCACCCUGCGCAGUAAAUGGCCGGCGGCGAUUGUGAAACUCGGCUGCUGUUGGAGACGGUUGACGGCGUCGUUGACUUCAAGGGUCGCCCUGUCCUACGAUCUUCCUCUGGUGGUUGGAGAGCUGCUGCUUUCAUUAUAAGUGUGGAAGUUGCUGAGAGGUUUGCUUACUAUGGAAUUAAUUCAAACUUGAUCAAUUAUUUGACUGGCCCACUUGGUCAGUCCACUGCAACUGCAGCCGAGAAUGUUAACAUCUGGUCUGGAACAGCUUCCUUGCUCCCUCUGCUUGGUGCUUUUCUUGCUGAUUCUUUUCUUGGCCGUUACCGCACCAUCAUUAUCGCAUCCCUUGUUUAUAUUCUGGCACUGAGCUUAUUGACGUUGUCGGCUACACUGCCUUCAGAUGGCGACGCCCAAGCAAUAUUGUUCUUCUUUUCUCUUUAUCUAGUUGCAUUUGCACAAGGUGGACAUAAGCCUUGUGUUCAGGCAUUUGGAGCUGAUCAAUUUGAUAUCAACCACCCGCAGGAACGCAGGUCUAGAAGCUCCUUUUUCAAUUGGUGGUAUUUUACCUUUACUGCAGGUCUCCUUGUUACUGUUUCCAUCUUGAACUAUGUUCAGGAUAAUGUUGGUUGGGUUCUUGGUUUUGGUAUCCCUUGGAUUGCUAUGAUAAUUGCGUUGUCUCUUUUCUCACUUGGAACUUGGACAUACCGGUUUAGCAUUCCAGGGAAUCAACAACGGGGUCCUUUUUCAAGAAUUGGUAGAGUGUUUAUUACUGCACUCCGCAACUUCCGAACUACUGAAGAAGAGGAACCUCGUCCUUCUCUGCUUCACCAACCUUCUCAACAGUUUAGCUUCUUAAACAAAGCAUUAAUUGCAUCAGACGGAUCAAAGGAAAACGGGAAAGUUUGUAGUGUCUCUGAGGUUGAAGAAGCAAAGGCAAUCCUCAGGCUUGUUCCAAUAUGGGCUACGAGUUUAAUUUUUGCCAUUGUGUUUUCUCAGUCUUCUACCUUCUUUACCAAACAAGGUGUUACAUUGGACAGGAAAAUUUUGCCUGGUUUUUAUGUACCCCCUGCUUCUCUUCAAUCCUUUAUCAGUCUCUCUAUUGUUCUCUUUAUUCCUGUCUAUGACCGCAUUAUCGUUCCUAUAGCAAGAACCUUUACUGGCAAACCCUCUGGCAUCACUAUGCUACAAAGAAUUGGAGCCGGAAUUCUUUUUUCUGUAAUUUCUAUGGUAAUUGCAGCUUUUGUCGAGAUGAAAAGACUCAAAGUGGCUCGUGAUCAUGGACUAAUUGAUAUGCCAGAUGUGACAAUACCUAUGAGCAUCUGGUGGUUGAUUCCUCAAUAUGUCUUGUUUGGAGUAUCUGAUGUCUUUACAAUGGUAGGUCUGCAAGAAUUUUUCUAUGAUCAGGUCCCGGAUGAAUUAAGAAGUGUGGGUCUUUCCCUCUAUUUAAGUAUUUUUGGGGUUGGGAGCUUUCUGAGUAGCUUUCUCAUUUCUGCUAUUCAAAAAGGAACAAGUAAAGAUGGACAUGAUGGCUGGUUUGCAAGUAAUCUUAAUCGUGCACAUCUUGAUUAUUUCUAUGCUCUUCUGGCUGCUCUUAGUGCAGUGGGAUUAACCGCCUUCUGGUUUUUCUCAAAAUCAUAUGUUUAUAAGAGAACAAGCACAUAGAGUAAGCAACUGGAAGCAUAUGGGAGAAACUUUUUUACUGGAAAAGAAUUUCAAAUCUUUCAGUAGACCAUUGUAUUUGUAAAUUCAUUGAUAAGACAUUGCACCACUUGUUGAUCCAUUUUGGAAAGAUAUGAUGCAAGACUAAUGAAGGCACAUUUGUAAGUGAAAUAAUGAACUGAAUUAUUUAUACUUUAUGGUUUCUGUUUAAACUUGUAAGUUGUUAUGUAAUGAUAGCUAUAGCUCUUCUUUUACGAGGAUGUUCUAUUUUGUAAUAAUGUAAUAAUAUCUCAUGAUGAUUAAUGCCUUUCAAUCAA